AACAAUAACAACGAACGUUUUCCCAUAAACAUCCAUCCUUCAUCUCACUGUGUCUACACUUCUCAUUAUCGAAUCGCAGACCGAACCGGCAUCCAUCUCCGCCAGGGGCAACCAAGGUGCGAUUGUAAAAAGGUCGUGUUCACAAGCAUACAACAGACUCGACUUUUCGCCUUCGAACUUUGUCAGCAAACGACUCAACGCUGUGCUUCACCAUCGUAUUGGUUUAUGUUUGGCAUCCGUCCACUGUUUGCCCUCAAAACAGUGGCAAUAAGUCUUAGAGGAGAAGGAGACUGUAGGAAAGCUUAGAAAACAGAGGUUAUUACAGCCUGAAGCUGAAGACGAACAACACGCCCUUAACUUCGACACUAUUUUGCCUCGUCAUCGAACACUAUUUGAAGUUCCCAUACUUUCAUCGCCAUCAUUCAAAUAAUUUCUGAAAGAUGGCGAAUACGAGACCGUAUACGCGUGAAGAGCUCAAGUCUCUGAGACGAGCGGAUCUUCAAACACUCUACAAGCUACACAAUCUGAAAGGGGCAAAUGGCACAAAUGCGACAUUGAUCGAUACUCUUGUCGAGUACUUUACAUCUCCCGCCUAUCGUGAAGCCUUCCCGCAACCUACCGGUUCUCAAUUAUCUCAAGCCGCUACCAAGACGACCACAGCACCCAAACCCGAGAGACUGUACAGGCCGUUGCCUGCCAAAACAGCCACUUCUAGACAGACGGCAGGAGUGAAGAGAAAAGCACCUGAUGUGGGGACAAGAACGGGGACAAGGAUUGGGUCUGGAACUGCAGGGGGGGCGAGAACAGCUUCAACGGAACAUAUAAAGCCUGCAGGGAGGAGUAGAAGGGAAGAACGCGAAGUCGAAGCUCCUUCAAGUGUACAGGAGGAAGUAGCAGUAGAUGAAAGGCAAGAAUUAUCAUCACUCACCCAUCGACCACCAAUACCAACGCCACAAUCAUCGCUAACACCUCAACCACAACAGCAGAUACCGCAGCCCCCCACAAUAAGUAUUGCAGAAGUACAAGCUUUAAUAUCUGAGAAUGACACGAAGUGGCAUACCCGCCUUGAGAACGUUGAGAAGCUGUUAGGUGAUGAAGUUGAACGGUUAAGAAAGGAAGUUACGGAAGUUAGAUUAAAGUGCGAAGAAUUGGAACGGGCAGAAAGAAUUCGCACACCGCGGCCGUUUCCGCAACUUCCUGGGCCUUCUAGUGGUCCACGCAUGCCUGGUGCAGCUGGUUUAUCUCAGUCUCAUCAUCGAUCUGUAUCUCUCCCUUUCUCCAGCUUGGGCAAACGUCGUUUACCCUUCGAGUAUCGGUCGGAAAGUGAGGACGCAGAAGUUAAGAGGGUGCGACACAGCGGACGAGGAGAACCAUCCACAUCCGCCUCUGUAACUGGUCGUGUGUCAAAUGAAACUUCCGGCCAGCCGCGCGCACCUUCAUCUCGCAAAGCUCCUUCAUCUUUUCCUCCAGACUUCUUUGCCCCUCCUCCGGCUGCUGGUUCAUCUUCUACAUCCGCAUCGCGACCUGUUAGCAUCUUACCUCGGACUCCAUCCCCUUCCCGUCAGGGAGUUAUCCCUGAUAACUCUCAAACACCGCGACUUCCUUUGGAAUGGCGUGCACCAGAAUUCGGUUCGCGCACAGGUACACCGCUUAGAACACCUUUCAUAAAUGAACGAACGCCCGAGUUCGCUACCACGCCAGAGCCACCUAUAAUGAGCAUGAGUCCGUCUUUAGAGGGAACGGCACUGGGUUCAAGAUUGACUCCCGGGAGAACGUUGCUUAGCUUGCAUGGAUCAACACCCGAUCGUUCUGAUGAGGACAUCCAGGCCGAAGCGUCAACGUCAACUCCAACAUCAGGACAGGCUCCCAGCAGAACGGGGGAAGGCAUCUCUCUGUCAGCAGUGACAGAGCUUGAGAGGAUUGAUGAAGGCGAAGAACUGGCUCCUUCACCCCCUGUGCAACAUAUGUCUCCUGCUGGUCAGCUUCGCUUCCCAGUCGUCAAGCCCCAUCCAGGGCUCGGGGUGGGAGUGACUGGAUCACCUAGCUCAGGCUCGCCAAAACUCGUACGAAGAUCCAUAUCACAACCCAAUCAAUCUACUACGCCUUCUCUCCUUGGCCAGCACUCCCUUCUUGCCCCCCCUGCUCUCAUUUCCCGCGGCUCUCGCGCCGGAUCUGAACGACCUGCGGUCCCUAGCCGGGCUUUCACCCAAUCUCCACCUCCCCGUCCUCGGUCUGCCUCUGCAAUGUAUCGUUCUUCCUAUGGUCGAUCCGUUUCUGCGUCUUCAUCCCGCCACGCUUCCCCCCUACCCAGUACGAUCAUCCCUACUGAAGUUGCUCCGCAGGUCCGGUCCGCUUCGGCAGACUAUAUGCGCAUCGCAAUGUUUGGUUUAGAAGGCGCGUCUCUUGACUCUAUUGAUUACGCCGACGACCCACUACAGACGGAUACGCUGCCUGAUGUGACGGAAGAUCCUGCAGCAGAGGAAAGAGAGGCAGGACCAAGUGCAGGCACUGGGACGUCUGCGGGCGUUACAGCAGAGAGGAGGAGAUGGAGGAAGGUUGAUGAAGUAGUUACCCCCGGGCAUAGAACAUUGUUAGGAACAGAGAGGUAUAAUGAUACGAGGUUUGGGGAUAUCCCCGUGGGUAUGUGGGCCCAGCCAAAGAUUGAUUUUGGGACACCUGGAGGACCGUUUUGAAAUUUAUAGACGGUGGUUUAUUAAAAAAUGGUCUAGAGAGGAAGGUCAAGAUCAUAUGGAUAUUGAUAAAGGGGCCAUAUAUAGUCGUUUUUUGGGUAGUUAUUAUCAUCAGGUGUCUUGUCGUAUAAUCUCUGUAUCAGUAGCUUUGCGCGUAGAUAUAUAUUAUAUAUACUAGGAUUGAAUCAAUGCAUUUGGUUGAAG